AAUAUUAACUACAAAAAAUUAAACGAUAUUUAUUCAAAAAAUAAUUUAAUUGAAUAUAAUUUUGCAAAAUAUAAAGAGAGAUUCAAUAGAUAAUUAAAUAAUUUAUUUGAUUUAGGCACUACAAGUUUUAAUUAUAGCGAGGCAUAAAUAAAUAGACUGAUUUAUAGUUUUAGCAGCCCAUAUCAAUUAUUAUUAUAUUACAUACAACAAAUGAAAGGAAUAUUAUAUUAAAGACGCAAUUCAAAAUCUUCAUAAUCAGGAGAAUCAAAUAAGAUUUAAUCAUAAGAACAACCUUAAAAGUUCAACAACAUAUAGCAAAUGAAUGAAUAAUUGUAAAAGCUUAGGCAAUAAUAUUAGCAAUCGAAUCUAAAAACAGAUCAAAUUGCAAAUUCUUCUAAUAAGAAAAUUCAAUUUUAAGAAUCACCUUCUAAAUAAGAUAAAAUCAACUAAAAUAAUUCUCCCUACAGCAUAAAUUCCAACAAGCAAAUUCAAAAUCAAGUAAAUCUUAUUUCAGCUGCUCCUCCUUCGAAUAUGUAAUCAUUUAAAUCUCUUGAACAAAUGCCUGCUACUCAUCAACAAUAAUAGGAAAUUAAAGAUCUUUAACAAAAAAUUCAUGAAUACGCUUAAAGUAACCAAAUGCUAAUUGAGAGAAAUGCAAUUUUAGAGAAUGAUUUACUUUUAUAAAGAAGUUAAAAUAAUGUUCUGUAACACUCUAACUCACAUAGCAACGGCGUAAAUAGCUUAAACAAUACAGUGAAUUCUAUUAAUAUUGAUAGGUAAUUACAAGCUGCCUUAAUAGAAAAACUUCGACUAGAAGAAAUAAUUGAAUUCAUGAAAGAAGAGAAUGAUAAAACUUUGGAAGAGUUAAAUAUUUAUAAAAGUAAGUCAGACUCAUUAGAAAAAGAGUUAAAGGAUACCUCAUAAACAGUUUAUCAGAACUAAAAUUAAGUCCAAGCUUUUUAUUCCCAAAAUAAAAAGAUAGAAGAUUAGCUAAAGCUUUCAAAUAUUCAUUUUGUCAAUGCAUAGAAAAAGCUCAGCCUUUUGGAAAAAGAAAAUAAAGAUUUAAAUGAAAAAUUGAAUUUUUUAGAGCAGGAAAAGAAAAAGAUUUCACAGAAAUGGCAUGCUGCCAGCUAGAACAGAAAAUAAGAAGAGAAGUUAAAAUAAAGGGUCAAGGAGCUAGAAGUAGAAUUAAAUGAAAAGUCAAUCGAAUGCGAGGAGUUCAAGAAGAAAUAUGUAUCUACAAAUACUGAACUGAGGGUCUACAAAGAAGGAGAAUUUAACUACAAGGACGUAGUAGAAAAUAAAUUUAAAGAACUCAAAACUAAAUGGCAGGAAGAAAUCAGACAGAAGGAUGAAUUGUUAAAAUAAAACAAUGAAUUACUUUCUCAACUAGAAUAAUUUUCAUAGGAACUAUAAAAUUUGUAGUAAAAAUGUGAAAAACUCUAAGAUGAAAAAUGUGACAUUUAGCAAAAAAGUUAAUCGUUACAAUAAUAAAAUGAAUAAUUAUAGAUAUUAGCAGUCAAAAAGGAAAUAAGUUAAGGUGCUAGUUAAUCUGUACAGCUUACUCGUGAUGAAUUGACUAAGAGGCUGUAGUAAGCCAAUUAAGAAAUUACAAGCUUAAUAAAAUAAAACGAGGAGUCUAAUUAAUAGAUUCUGAUACUCCAACAAGAUAAGCACAUUAUGAAUAAAUAAAUUGAGGAGUUUUUAAAGUAGAACGAAUAACUGUAAGAUGCCAUAAAUGCACUCCUAAGUGAGAAUCAAUAGGAGUAAGAACUACUUUCUCAUUUGACAUCUAAAAACAUUCAUGGCAGUGGAAGUAAAAAUCAUAGCACGCAGCAAAUAAAUGUUUCAAUGAUUCAGCAGAAAGAGUUGGAUUAGGAAUUCUAAUAAUCUGGAAUUGAGAAAUAAAAGGAUAAAAAAGCAAUAAUUUUGGAAUCAGAAGAAUAUUAAAAAUUAAUCUAAAGCGUAGAAUCUGUAAAUGAUGAGACAAUAACUGAAGAAAUAAAGCAAAAGAUAGAAAUUUUUGUGUAGUAUAUUUUAUUCAGCGCAACAUAAAACAAGGACAUUGGUGAAAUAUUUGUAUGCAACACUUGUAAAUAAUCCUGCUAAAAUUAAAACUCUAACAAUAAUCAAAAGGGAUUUGAAAAAUAGUAUUAUGAAAUUAAACACCUGUACGACAGGCUUUUGAUUAAAUACUACAAUGUUUAGAAAAAAUUUUAAAUACUUGAGGAGAGUGGCAAAAUAAGAUAGACAGGCAAUUUGAAUUCAUCUUUUUAAAUUAAUAAGAAUUUAGUGAAUCAGAUUUCUCCAUAAGAAGGAAGCUUUGAAGAGUUGCAUGAACAAAAAUCACUCGCAUCCGCUUACAAGUCUGGGGCUUUUUUAAUUAAUCAAUAGAAAAAAAAUGCUGAAAUUAAUGAUUCUUUUGAGAGCAUAAAAUAAAUUUCCUCUAAUCAAUUAAAUUAGAAUUAUAUUAAUCAUUAAUAGACUGAUCAACCACUGCCGUUGUCUUAUUAAAUUUAGUAAUAAUCUGAUUUGAGGUUAAGAGAAGCUAAUUAGUAAGAUGAUUUGUAGAACAUUAAUAAUAGUCAUAAUUAUCAUAGCAAUAGCACCCUUAAUAAAUCAUACAAUUUUACUAGUGCACUCAACUCAACCAAUACAAAUCUUAUCCAGAAUAUAUUAAAAAAUGACUUCAACAUCAAAGAAACUUUGAGCGAAAAUUCUUAAAAAAUGCUGAACACCAUCUUAAACAAGUUUCUUAACACCUAAGGACUGAAUUCUUCACAAUUAUUGAAUUAAUCCUAAUAAUAUAAAAACUCGAAAUCAUUUGGAAACUUGAAUGAAACUAAUUCUACUGGGAGGUUAAUAAACAAUAGUGGUGUAAGAGGAACUCAAGAAAAUAAUUAAAUUAUUAAUUAAGUAAAAUCAGGGCCUCCUACAAGAACUCUAGAGCGCUCUCUGCUACGUAGAAACAAAAGCAAAGAAAAUUACCACCUAAAUAAUAGUUCAGGAAAUUUGAAUAAUACUUCUCAUAAUACAUCAAACAAUGUCAUGUUGAAUUAAUCAGUAGAUGCUCAUUAAAGGCGCUACUAAGAGAUCCAUCUUAAUAACUUAUUUGCAUAGUAGAAUAAAAAUGCAUCUAAUGGGCAAACUAGCUAUGCCUCAACCCCAUACACUAAUAUUUUAAAAUAAAGGAAAAAUUCCAACUCAUAUAACUAAGUAAAUGGCACUCCAAGCAGUACAGGAGGUGGCUAUCAGUCCAUCCACCAGUUAAAUAGAUCUUUUGAUGGGUGUCAAUAGUCAGGCUCCAAGGGAUCUAAUUCAAGCUAUAGCAAAUUCAUAAAGAGAAAGACAGGACAGAACUAUUAGAAUAAUAACAAUAUGAGUAACUAUGGUAAUAAUUAAAGUGGCAUUAAAAAUAAUGUUUUCACAAACUAAUAGCAAGUUUCAUUUGUUCCAUCAGAUCAGCAGAAUUAUUUGCAGAAUCAAAAUAAAUUUAACGAAUUUUAGUAUCAUAGUGUUCCCCAAUAUAGAUAAUUCUGA